AGAGCAGCCAUUGUCAAACAAAACUAUAUAUAUUUUUAUGUGUGUGUGUGUGACUGCUGCCUAAUUCCCAAGAAUCUCUUCUUCUUCUUCAGCUCCUCUGGGUGGUAUUCUGUUUCUAUCUGGACCCAAAAGCUUAAGCUCCAAAAAUCUCACUCUCUGUUGGAUAUCAAGAAGAUUUUGGUGACAUUUCAUCUUUACAUGACUAAACUCCUACUCAUCAAACUGAUAUAAUAAUUUAUCUCCCCUUUUGUGUCUCUGCCAGUUCAUUCUGGUUUCCCUGUCCCUAAACAAUCUUUGACUUGUUUGAGCUGAGUUUGGACCUUCCAGUGUUUAAAAUACAUUUGUAUUUACAAAUCUGAUCCCCUUGGAACUUCUGUUUUGAUCAAAAUGGGACUCUCAAGUCUACCAGCUCCAUCAGAAGGAGUUCUAUGUGUGCUUUUAGUAAACACAGCCCUGUCAAUCUCCAUUGUCAAAGGCAUAAUCCGAUCAGUCCUGCAUGUAGUUGGUAUCCGUCUCUCAUCAUCAUCAUCCUCAACGUCGUCCUCAGCAUCGUCACCCCCAUCAACAGACUCCACUGAAAUCGCCUCAGAAUCAUUUGAGUUCCAUCUCAGUCCAUCGGCUAGUUGCAUCGAGGAGAUCAGGAGCCGAAUCCCAGCAAUUCGGUUUGACACUGUGUGUAGUUUCAAGCAGCCAGAACAUGAAUGCCCAGUUUGCCUGUCUGAGUUUGAGCCCGAAUCAGAGAUAAACCACUUGUCUUGCGGCCAUCUUUUCCACAAAACUUGCUUGGAAAAGUGGUUGAACUACUGGAACAUUACAUGCCCUCUUUGUAGGACUCCUUUAAUGCCUGGGGAGGACACACCCUGCGUUUGGUGAGCAGUUACAAGCAUGAAAGUCCAGGAGAUUUCAUGUACAGCGUUUAGUGUACAGGUAUUUUACAAGAAUGCUCGGCUGGACAUAGUGUUGUUAUACCUAUGUUAUGCGUGAGUUAAACCGUGAUAAUACGUUGAUGGGUCUCAGAGACCAAAAUUUUUACUAUUGUACAUAUUAUGAAGUUACUGGAGUAUAACAUAUCUACUUUCAGCUUUGAGUUUAUUGAAUCUUCUGAGUUUUAUUUG